CAGGUAGCAGCAAGGCCGGGAGAGGAAGGGGCUGGGCCGCGGAGGAGGCGCAGUGGGGCUGCUUCACCGCCUCUGGGGCACCCGUCGGACCUCCGCCGGCUCCGCCGGGAGUGGGGAUAGCUGGAGGCUGCUCGGGACCCGGACGCAGAGUCCGCGGACCCGGCUGCGAGGCGGCCACCCGAGACGCGGCGCGCACGCUCCGGCCCGCGCAGCCCGGCCCGGCCAUGGCGGCCCCCCGCCCGCCUCCCGCGAUCUCCGUGUCGGUCUCCGCUCCGGCUUUUUACGCCCCGCAGAAGAAGUUCGGCCCAGUGGUGGCCCCAAAGCCCAAAGUGAAUCCUUUCCGGCCCGGGGAUAGCGAGCCUCCCCCUGUCGCCGGGGCCCAGCGCGCGCAGAUGGGCCGGGUGGGCGAGAUCCCCCCGCCGCCCGCGGAAGACUUUCCCCCGCCACCCCCUCCCAUCCUUGGGGAUGGCGACGACUCGGAGGGCGCUCUGGGAGGUGCCUUCCCACCUCCCCCUCCCCCUAUCGAGGAACCGUUUCCCCCUGCGCCUCUGGAGGAGGAGAUCUUCCCUUCCCCACCGCCUCCACUGGAGGAGGAGGGAGGGCCUGAGGCCGCCAUACCUCCCCCCCCACAGCCCAGGGAGAAGGUGAGCAGUAUUGAUUUGGAGAUCGACUCUCUGUCCUCACUGCUGGAUGACAUGACCAGGAAUGAUCCCUUCAAAGCCCGGGUGUCAUCUGGAUAUGUACCCCCACCAGUCGCUACUCCAUACAUUCCCAAGUCCAAUACUAAGCCUGCAACUGGGGGCACAGCACCCCUGCCUCCUUGGAAGUCCCCUUCUAGCUCCCAGCCUCUGCCCCAGGCUCAGGCUCAGCCUCUGAGCCAGACCCAGUUCCACGUGCAGCCCCAGGUCAAGCCUCAGGUCCAGCUUCACGUGCAGCCCCAGCCCCAGCCCCAGGCCCAGGCCCAGCCCCAGCCUGUGCCUUUCGCGAACACCCAGCCUCGAGGACCCCCAGCCCCAUCUCCGGCCCCAAAGUUUUCUCCAGUGGCUUCCAAGUUUACUCCUGUGGCUUCCAAGUUCAGCCCUGGAGCCCCAGGUGGACCUGGGUCACAGCCUAAUCAGAAGUUGGGGUCCCCUGAAGCUCCCUCUUCCAGUAGCACAGGCUCUCCUCAGUCCCCCAGCUUCACCUAUGCUCAGCAGAAGGAGAAGCCCCGAGUGCAGGAGAAGCAGCAUCCAGUGGCCCCACCAGCGCAAAGCCAAAAUCAGGUCCGCUCCUCUGGGGCCCCGGGACCUCUGACUCUGAAGGAGGUGGAGGAGCUGGAGCAGCUGACCCAGCAGCUGAUGCAGGACAUGGAGCACCCUCAGAGGCAGAAUGUGGCUGUCAACGAGUCCUGUGGCCGGUGUCAUCAGCCCCUGGCACGCACGCAGCCUGCAGUUCGGGCUCUGGGGCAGUUGUUCCACAUCACCUGCUUUACCUGCCACCAGUGUGAGCAGCAGCUGCAGGGACAGCAGUUCUACAGCCUGGAGGGGGCGCCCUACUGUGAGGGCUGCUAUACCGACACCCUGGAGAAGUGCAACACCUGCGGGCAGCCCAUCACUGACCGCAUGCUGAGGGCCACCGGCAAAGCCUACCACCCGCAGUGCUUCACCUGUGUGGUCUGCUCCUGCCCGCUGGAGGGCACCUCCUUCAUUGUGGAUCAGGCCAACCGGCCCCACUGUGUACCCGACUACCACAAGCAGUACGCCCCCAGGUGCUCGGUCUGCGAAGGGCCCAUCAUGCCUGAGCCUGGCCGCGAGGAGACCGUGCGAGUGGUCGCUCUGGAUAAGAACUUCCACAUGAAGUGCUACAAGUGUGAGGACUGCGGGAAGCCACUGUCCAUUGAGGCGGAUGACAACGGCUGCUUCCCCCUGGAUGGCCACGUGCUCUGCCGGAAGUGCCACACUGCCAGAGCCCAGACCUGAGUGGGCACCGGCGAGUCCGUUCCUUCCCCAUUAGCGGACCAUCCACACUGAGACCACCCUGCCCUCCACCUGCCCUGCCCCCCUUCAGUUAUCUUCUGAUGUUCAGCCUCUCCUUCCACACCAGCCCCUGCCCCGUAUCCCAGGUGUCCUGUGCAAAGCCCCGACAUGGCCUAGGGCUGCAGCGUCCCAGCUCUGGGUUUCCAGUCCACCCCCGUCCUGCAGGGACCACCCCCCCCCCCAGGUGUGCCCCACCUGAGGGGGCACCAGGUUGAGCGCUGCUGCUUUCACUGCUGCACCGAUGCCCUUGGCUGGUCCCCUAGCAGUCGUGCAUUCUGCUUGCUGAGGGCCUGGAGACCCCCUGACUCGGGGAGGCUGGGCUGGGCUGGGCUGGGCUGGGCUGACUGGCCUGGACACCCCCACCCACCCCCAUGCUGCCGGGUUGUGGCUACAGCUACAGAUAAAAAAAAAAAAAACACCUGUUUUCCAGAAUUCUCAGGAAUCUUUCUUGUGUGUACAGCCCUCACGGGUGGGAUGGAGGAGAUACAGGGAUAAAAAAGCCCGGGGUAAAGGUGAAAACUCCAUUCCUGUUUAUUUACAAAAAUAUAUAUGUAUAUGUAUAUAUAUUAAACCCUCCCCCAAGUC